AUGGCUGCACAUUCUUGGCAAGAUUUGUCGGCUCGGCUUGAGGGAACCUUGUCGCAGUUAAAUGAGAGUCUGGGCUCGGAUCCUCAAUUCAAGGCCUUCUCGAAUGUCGAACCUACCGUGAAGCCCGUCAUCUUCGGUUGGAAGUCUGCUGGAUCUGAUACGGCUAUUCUCUGCUCAGUCGAGUCAGGUGUUGCAAACAUCACGCAUGGCCACGCAGACAAGGCAGCAUUCAUUCUCUCGGCACUCCCCGAACAAUGGGAGCAGUUUUACCAGCCUAUCCCCAAGGCACCGUAUCAAAGCUACUGGGGCAUGCUUGGCCAGAAUAUACACCAAGACGGGGUCGAGGUCCUCGGCGACUAUGAUUUGUUCGUUGCCUACACCUCCAUCUGGCGCCGUGUGCUGGAGUUGAGCCAUACCAGCCUGCACGGCCCCAGUGUCGAGGACAGCGUUGUAUCGCCGCCCGAGGAUGACCCCAUCAUUGGUCGCUAUGUUUACGUUUCCUCGCCGGGCUGGGGCCGGGCCAAGGUCUUUUACGAGCAGACUGGCGAUGCGCACAAUCCGGAUAUCCUGUUUCUGCACACUGCUGGCUCUGACUCGCGGCAAUAUCAUGGCGUUAUGACUGAUGAUCGCAUGUUGUCCCGAUGUCGUAUGACGGCUUUUGAUCUCCCUGGCCACGGACGAAGCUUCCCUUCUAAUACACAAAUACCCGGACAACAUAGCAAUAGCGAAGACUCGUAUAUUGGGUGUAUAAAGGAAAUCAUAAGGUUGCUGGGACUUAAGAAGCCUAUCGUUUGCGGUGCAAGCAUGGGCGGCCAUGUUUGCUUAGCCAUCGCGACGCGAGCGGCUGAAGUGGGUGUUGGUGGUGUGAUUCCUUGUCAGGGGUCCGAAUUCACUGAUAUGAAGCGCCAAUGGGGGGAUCGAUCGCUCUUUGUGAACCAGUCUUUGUUCAACCCGGAGUGGAUAUAUGGUAUGAUGGCACCCACCAGCCCUCGUGUCCACCGCGACCUGAUCUGGCAUCUUUAUUCGGGCCAGGCUUUUGGCAUGUUUCGUGGGGAUCUCGACUUUUAUUUCGGUGGAUGGGAUGGCCGCGGAAGGGUUGAAACAAUCGAUACCAAACAGUGUCCUAUCUACAUGCUAACAGGUGAGUACGACUGGGGAAACACGCCGGAACUGAGCCGAAAGACGGCUGCCAAGAUCCCCGGUGCAAAGUUUACGGAAAUGCAAGGGCUGGGCCAUUUCCCCGCCACUGAGAACCCGGCGCGGUUUGUGCCGUAUUUGAUAGAAGCUGUGGACUUUAUCGUGUCUGCCAACAAGUGA